CGCCUUUUUGUGACCAACAAGAAGUGCAUGAAUAUUGGUUCUAUAUUGGUAGAAGCUAUUUAAGUAGAAGCUAGUUAGAUUUUACUUUAGUACAAAAGAAGAUUAUUUCUUUUUAUCUAACACCAUCCGUGCCCCUUUUUAAUUUGUGAUGUUGCUGAAGAUGGAGAGAAGAACAAAUAUUGGUAUAUUGGUUUUCAUUACUGCAUUUUUAGCUCUGAUAUCCAAGUCAAAUAGUCAAUAUAGACCAGCCCCUACAAUUCCAUACCCGGGUUAUCCAGCCCUCCGUCCUCUAUGCCUUUCUCAAUUCGCCCUUGUUAACCAUGCAUGUUCUAUGCUUCCUUAUAAUCCGUUGACCCCACCUGCUCUACCUUCUCCGCCACCUCCACCUGCACCUACUGCUCAACCCCCUUGCCCCCCGAAAAAUGGGCAUCGACAUGGACACCAUCACAGGCAUAGGCAUACCAGUACCAGUACCACCCAUGUGAGCGCUGCAGCAGAUGAAUGUUGUCGUUGGUUGAAAGAAGUCGACACUCAAUGUGUGUGUGAUUUGCUGGUUCGUUUGCCCAUAUUUCUGGCUAAGCCUUCACAUGAUUAUACAGUUGUUGUUAGCGAUGAUUGUAGUGUCACCUACCAGUGUCCAGGUAGGGUGAUGAAUUGAUUUGAAAGGGGUUUUAACUUUGAUUUCUAAGGUGUUAGAGUAUGUACUAUGUAGUAGGGUAAAGGGGUUUGGUAUUUUGUUAUGCAAUUUUUAAAAUAAUAAUAGCUGUUUGCAUAUGGUGCUUUCUUUUGUGUGUACUCUUCAAAUAAUAUAGCUCUUUGCAUUUGUAUAA